AUGGCCCACCUCCGCAUCUUCAAGCUCACGGACCUCACCGGCGAGCGUUCGCCAACCGCCUGGGUGCUGGCCCACCUCCACCUGCCGCGCGCGCAGGUCGUCCCUCGCACGCUCGAUCCCCGCCCUCCCUCGCUCGUCGGCCUGCGCGUCUUCGGCACUCAAGAUUCGUUCGGCUUCGAGUGCUGGACCGUAGACAGGACGCACCGCUUCAUCGUCCACAGCCCGAAGAAGGAUUCGUACUCGGCCCUCUUCAUACUCUAUCACCUAGAGCGGUUCGUCGACCGCAUGGCACGCCGUCCCGAUAUCACCACUCUCGAGCUUGGCGGCGCCAUCCUCGCGUUGUUCACGCAGCAGGAGCAGUUGGCGCCGCUCCUUGGACGCUUCCCCGGCCUCACGCGGCUGUCGAUCGGGAGCACGAACGAGAUCCCCGUCGAUGGCGGGUGUCCGGUGGAGUUGGUGGAAGCGCUGCGCGGGCGUGGGAAGCCGCUGGAGGAGCUGGUUUUCGUUGGCGAGCCCCCGUUCGAGCUGGAGGUGUGGAGGGAGAAGAUGGAGGCGGCUGGGGUCGUGAGCGUGACGCGAGCGGCGGUCGAUGGAGGCUCUGACGAAGAAGAGGAAGAAGAUGAAUAUCAGUAA